GUUAAUGACAUCCCUUGAUUUGAUUGACUUUGUGGAAGAAAGUUGAGUCAACCGCAUUGAACUAAAAAAUGGAAUUGUGAUUAUCGUGGUUGCGUUCGAUAGUUUAAUUUAUUUAUUAAGCAUAAUAAUUUAGUUACAUAAUUAUAUAUCCAUAAUGGCUGAAUUUUUAAAAGGCCUAUUGUUGUCAGUGUUAUCAGAAAAAUGUUACGAUGAAUACUUCAUCAAAUACAAUUUUAUGGAUGUUCCGUGCUUCAAGUCAUCGCUGAGUAAGGGACUUGGUAUCGGUAUCAUUGCCGGAUCGAUAUUGGUCAAAGUCCCCCAGAUACUUAAAAUACUAAGCAGUAAAAGUGCGGAGGGUAUAAACAUUUACGGAGUUUAUUUGGAACUGUUUGCAAUAACUGCUAACUUUGCUUACAGUUAUGUUAUGGGCUUCCCAUUUAGUGCAUGGGGAGAAGGUACAUUCCUAGCAAUACAAACUGCAAUUAUUGCAUCUCUGGUAUUGCAUUAUGGUGGGGGUUCUGGAAAAGCUGCCUUGUUCUUGGCGACGUACGUCGGCCUCGUGUCCACUCUAGUUAGUGGAGUUACACCUACAGACAUAUUGUGGACAAUGCAAGCAGUCAAUGUUCCUAUUAUUGUCAUGGCAAAGGCUAUUCAAGUUAUCACCAACUACAAAAAUGGCAGCACUGGUCAAUUAUCGGCUGUUACAUGUCUGCUAUUAUUUGGAGGCAGUAUCGCCAGAAUUUUCACAUCCAUUCAAGAAACGGGAGACUUUAUUAUAAUUCUUACUUAUUGUGUAUCUACCGCAGCCAAUGCAGCUAUUGUCCUGCAGCUGUUCUGGUAUUGGAAUGUUGAUAAGUCAAAUAAAAACAAGAAUAAGAAGAAGAAGAAAAGAACAUAAGACUGUUGAUUCUGAAAACAUGCAUUUUAGAUCAAAUGAAUUGAAUAAAUAUGUUUAUAAAAA